AUGUUGUUGUUGUUGUUUUUUGAACUACAGCUUUUGGCAUUGGACGCAUUAUUUGAAAUUGAAAUCAAAAGUGUUUUUGAGAAAGGAUGGUCAUUUUGUUCAUUCAAGGUUUCUCGGGUCGAUGAUAUUGAAAUCCAGAAGAAUAGCUUUGAUUGUGGCAUUUUGUUGCUUAGAUACAUUAUACACUAUGAUAAUCCGUUGAAAGAUGAGUUAGAUUCUAUCAAUCGUCGCGUGCAACUUGCCCUUUGGUUGUUACAACACCCAAAAAACCAAGCAUUGAUGAAAGUGAUGAAGGCUUUGACUGAUGGAGAUGAAGAGGAUGUUGGCAACAAAAAGAUGAAGAUAGAAGAGGAAAAACCAGCAAAACCAAAAAAGGGCCGUGGCCGUCCUCGACAAUUGAUAACUGUUUUUGUUAAAAAGUUAAAUAAAAAAAAGAAAAAUAAAAAGGGGCAUCGGGUACCCACCAGUACCCUAGCCUGUCUCAAUGCACAUGAUCAAUUAAAAAACGAAGCGUUAAAUUUAAAUACAAGUAAGAGUUUUGUGGCCUGUAACGUCAGGCAACAUAACCUCACAUAUUCUAAAACCGUUGAUUAUAAUAUUUCAAACUGGGAUGCCUUAUGCUCAGUGAAUGACACUGAACCAAAGAUUUUCGACUUUGGUAUAUAUCUCUAUGCUCUACAGUCUGAUGUGGUAAGUGAUGAAGAGCCUGUCUCACGAAAGAUGUUUCAGUCAAUUUGGUGGGCGCUACGGAAUUUGAGUUCUUUUGGUUCAAACCUAAAUAGCAGUAUGGGCACUCUGGAAAUCUUCUUCUCUGCUUCGAUAUCUAUAACUGGCAUGGCGCUAUUUUUAGUAUUUCUCAAUGCAAGGGUUCAGGGUUACAAAGAAAGAACAAAAAGGCAUCUUUUGGAAAAGAAGAACCGAUUGAUGAAACCUGAUAUUGAUUUAUGGUUAUUCAAAAACAACCUCUCGAAGGAUAUGGAAACAGGAGGGACCAAUAAGAAAAAGAAAAUAAUGGAGACAGUGAUCAUUGAUAACAUCCACAAACUUGAAGAAAACAGUGAUCUUAAUGUGCAAAAUAUACUCUCUGUUCUUCCCAAAAAAGACAAACAAAGGAUCAUUCAAUGUAUUUUCGAUGCUUCACUGAAAAAGGCGCCACUGCUGCAAACACUAGAUGAGAAGGUGUUGAAAGCAAUUCGUCAGCAUCUUGUGCCGGUGACUUACACUGAAGAUAGCUAUAUUAUUCAAGAGGGGAAGCCAAUUGGAAAAUUGCUCUUGUUCACUCAAGGAAGCGCAAUCACCUUCUCCCAUGGUGGAACUGGAACAAGUAGUGGCUUUUCAAACAACAAGUGGCUUAAAAAGGGAGAUUUUUAUGGCGAAGAACUCUUAAGUUGGUUCAGAUCUCCCCAGUAUCUGGAUAUACCCAUCUCGACUGAGAAUGUUAUUGCACAAGGGAAAGUUGAAGCAUUUGUUAUCAGAGCCGGUGAUUUAAGGAAUAUUUUCUUGAAGUUCUGGUGGCUUUUUAGCAAGAAAGUAGAUGCUUCUCAGUUAAAGCACUGGGAGCAUCUGGCAGCUUCUUCCCUUGGGAUCCUACUAACAACAUGGCGCCGUCGCAAAGCAGAGAAAGGCUCCCGAGCUUUACCAGAUAGCUCCAAGGCAUGCUGCUGCUUCCCUCAUCAUGCAAAUACUAAAAAAACUCUCUGGGAAAAAUUCUCUGUGAAGCACUAAAUAGCGCAUGUCUUGGGUUGAAGAACAAAUUUGUGUACAAGUGUGUGUUUUUUUUUUUGCUCUGCCGGCAAGUUUGGGAUUGUUGUGGCCAUAUUUAGUUUUUUUUUCAAUGUUGUUUUUUUAGUCAGGAGACUGGAGUGUUAUAGUUUUCUUGUGAAUAAAAUCAUUCCAAUGUUUGGUAAA